AUGAUUAACCGGACGGCAUCCGGAAGGGCUGCCCGGAAUAAUUUAUGGAUGGUCGUUAACCAUCCGCCGAGAUUCCGCAAAAUAUUGUCCUCGCUCCGAGAAAACGGACUGCCCCCGGCCGGGGCCGUCUCCGGACGCCCGCCUGAAGUACCUCUGCAUCCAGCACAAGCUCCAUCGAUCGAUAUCUCGAUCGACUUCACUCGACCGGAUGGGCCCCGGACUCGACCAUUAUUGGUCGAGGGGAAACGGCUUUACGUCGAUGAGCACUACAUCUCCGAGUGGUCACCCGUGCUAAGAGCGUGGUGCAUCGAGUGCCCGGAUCGCGAGCUGAUCCUAGCCAACGUCCAAUAUGAUCACAUUAUGGAGAUGCUCGAAUGCAUCCAUCCCACCUACAAAGCCAUCGACGAUCAAUCUGUGCACAUUCUGCUCCCGUUGGCGUAUGAUUAUCAGAUGGAAGGCCUGCUCCACCGUUGCGAAUGUUUCCUCAUCAACCACAAUCUGCCCUUCUUGGAAAAGGUCUGGAUUGCGGAUCGGUACAAAUUGAAUCGACUGCUCGUUCUCUGCCCUCCGCGAAAUGCGGCCGAACAGCAAGAUCGAUCUCUCCGGGACCAGGUACUAUGCGCUGAGCGAUCGGGUGAAAGUGCUGUUGCUCGAGCGAUUGCAUGGCGCCCCCGCUCCCGAGGAGAUCCCGGAACCACCAUUGGACCUCGAGACGUACCAACGAGCCACCGAUCUCCACUUUGCCGCCAU